CGGACUGUCAAUCCCGAAUUGUCGUGUGUGCUGCCCAAUCUGCGCAGGAUCCAGACCUUGGACUCGCGUUGCACUGGUUGCCCUUGGAACCGCGUACGCUCGCACAUUGCGCUUUUUGCGCUCUCGAGAACACUCCAGCUGUGCAAUGCCCUGCCGCUGUGCCGGGUCUGCGAUCUCUUCAUCGCAGACCUAGAAGUCUUGGCCCGAUUCUCGAAAAUGGCAUCACUCUCGAUCGCUCACUUUGCAAUUUACAGCGAACUACUUCCAACAGCCCUGACCACCGCGUUCCAAGUAGUUGUUCCAGAUGAAUCGCAUCUCGAGCUUGAGUAUCAACGGCCCCGCUAUCGAAGGCGAGAACUCCAAUCGCUACGCCAAGGUGCCGCAUCUGUGGGCGUUGGGUGUGGGCACAGUUAUCAGCGGUAAUUUCUACGGUUGGCAGUCGUCGCUGGUCGCUGGCUUCGAUGGUCUUCUCAUCCUGCUCUCCAUCGUGACGGUUCAGUACGUGCUGCUGUCGUUCUCCAUUGCUGAGCUGUCGGCUACGGUGCCUCACGGCGGCGGUCCGUACGUGUUCGCGCUGCACGGUAUUGGCAAGACGGCAGCGUUUUUCGCUGGUAUAGCCGAAUGCCUCAAAGUUGUAGUGACUACAGCCGUUGCAGCUACGGGUAUCGCCUCCUACUUUGCCGAGCUCAUUGGUGUUGGCGAGGACUACGGUCCAAUCUGGUGGAUCGCCUGCUACAUUAUCUUCGUAACGCUCAACAUCGUCGGUGUCGAGAUGACGUUCCGUGUCCAGGUAUUCGUGACGGUUGUCUCGGUGAUCCUGCUGUCCGUGUUCUACAUCGGAGCUGCCACCGUGAUCGACUAUCAAAAGUGGGUAGUCGACCGCGACUGGAACUACAACGGCUGGGAUGGUAUUCUUGAAGGUGCAUCCUUCACGCUAUGGUUCUAUCUUGGUAUUGAAGAGCUUCCCCUGGCUAUCGACGAGACUAUCGAACCCACCAAAAACAUGCCUCGUGGCCUCAUCGCGUCCAUCAUUUCGCUCAUUGUGAUCUCAUUCUGCACCGUCAUCUUCAGCUCCAUGAUCAGCCCCGGUGCUGACGAGAUGUACGUCAACGCUUCACCACUGCUCACCGGAUACCAGACCAUUUUCGGUGACAACAGCACUACGUCCGGUUGCUCGUGGCUUCUCCUCAUUGGUUUGAUAUCGAGUUUUCACUCGUUCGUCUUCUGUAUGGGUAAGCUGCUGUAUGCUAUCGCCUGCGAUGGAUACCUGCCGCAGAUGCUGACGAAGCUGCACCCAACGCGUGGAACGACUCAUGUUGCUCUCAUUACGGGAAGUAUCAUUGCUCUGGUACUGGCGAUUAUUCUACACUACGCUAUCGGUGACGCGCGCCUUGGAUCGGUGAUGAUCAACCUCUCUCUUAUCGGAGCCAUUGUGUCGUAUAUGUUCCAGCUUACGGCCUUCAUCAUGCUGCGUAUUCGGGAACCAGAGCGCCCACGUCCAUACAAGAGCCCGUUCGGCAUCCCCGGUGCCGUGAUUUGCAUCAUCCUCAGCAUCUUCUCGCUCGUGUCGAUCAUCUACAGCGGCACUUCCAGUUACGUGUUCCUGGCCUCUGUGCUUGUUGCCAUCGGAUACUUUGCCCUGGGUGCCGUAUACUUCAUGUACCGCGUGAAGCCACGCCUGGAGGUGGGCAACGGCCCAGUUUCGGCUAAGGAGUUUCGGGAAAAUCUCAUGAGCUCGCGUGUAUCCAACAAGGUGUAAGGCGCGCAUCAGGGCCUGACAUACGUGCCGCAAGGGCACGUAUAAAGUUAAACGUUUGUAGAGCGAAUUGAUCUCUUUAGUACAUGCACCCUGUCGAUUUUUUCAUGCUCAACAGUAUUCCAGACCCAGCAGUGUACAGACCCCGCUCAAUAUGAUGCUGGAGCAACUUGUUUGAAGUGUUUUUGGCUUAUGCCUGAAGCUCACUCACCGGUGAUACCCUCCAAACGCCCACACAUGUACUACGAGCGCUCGAAGGGCAUUAACUAUGAGUAAUUAGCUAGCUCAACCCUCAGCGAUUGCCAUGAGAACAGACUCCAACUUGCCUAGAUUUCUCCAUAAUCUUGAAGACAUCCACCCCAAAAGGAUUAGCUCGUUGCGGU